UUACCGCCCUUGGGCUGAGACAGAGAAGACGGGUGCGGGAAUUUUUUGCUCUCCGACGAGGUAUAGGUCAAUAAAGGGUAAAACGCUUGCAGGAAUUUCACUAAGGCAUUUAAUCAAACUGGUCUGCAGUCUCUCUCUGACGGACAGUGUGAAUCAUGGCUCUUCCUUUUAAGAAAGAUCUGGAGAAGUAUAAGGAGAUCGAUGAGGAUGAGAUUCUGAACAAGCUGUCAGAGGAGGAACUCAAGCAACUGGAGAGUGCUCUAGAUGAGAUCGACCCCGAGAAUGCUUUGCUGCCAGCCGGACUCAGGCAGAAGGACCAGACCACAAAAGGAGCCACCGGUCCUUUUAACCGCGAUAAACUGCUACAGUAUCUGGAGAAGGAGGCUAUGGACUAUAAAGACAGAGAUGAUUUCGUCACCUUCACUGGAGAGAAAAAAGGAAAGGUAUGGAUUCCCAAAAAGAAACCAAUCGAGAUCCAUCAGGAGGAAGCCACGACCCUUGACCCGGAAUUGGAAGAGGCACUUUCUAGCGCUACUGACACAGAACUGCAUGACCUGGCAGCUAUUCUUGGAGUAAACACACUGGUGACGAGCACGCAGAGCUAUGACGGCACCUGUAUAGACGGUUAUAACAAUGUUAUUAAGGGAGAAAAGGUAAAGCCAGUUUUUGAUGAGCCACCAAACCCUACAAAAGUGGAGGAAACUCUGCAGCGGAUAAAAUCCAAUGAUUCCUCGCUGACCGAAGUCAACCUCAACAACAUGAAGAACAUUCCAAUCCCGACUCUAAAGGACUUUGCAAAAGCCAUGGAGAGGAACACUCAUGUGAAGAAGUUCAGUCUGGCUGCCACCAGAAGCAAUGACCCUGUUGCCAUGGCCUUCUCAGACAUGCUACGAGAGAAUAAGACACUAAAAAGUUUGAAUCUGGAGUCUAAUUUUAUCACAGGCACAGGAGUUCAGGCUCUGGUAGAAGCUCUGCGGGACAAUGACACGCUAACAGAGAUCAAGAUUGACAACCAGCGGCAGCAGCUCGGUACGUCGACAGAGAUGGAGAUCGCUAAGAUGCUGGAGCAGAAUACAAGCAUCGUGAAGUUUGGGUACCACUUCACCCAGCAGGGUCCCAGAUCCCGUGCUGCUGCCGCAAUCACAAAAAACAACGACUUGGUGCGGCGGAGGCGAGUAGAGAAGGAUGUGUAGAACAUAUUCUCUCUCUCCCUCACAAGCUCAUCAGACUCUUGUGCCAAACCCUCUGAGGGAGCCGCUUCACCUGAAGAAGGGACACAACUGGAUACUUUCCCUCCCUAAUGUUAAUACUCAAUUAUCUUUUUGUUAUGUUGUAUUAUUAUUGUUAAUUGUUGUUUGUUUUUAUAGCUACAACUCUUUUGCAGCCAUUUUUUUUUUUGUUUUGCUUGUGUAAAACCCUUUCUGCUCUUUUCUUUGUAAAAGUUCUUUGAAACGAAACUAAACAGGUUGCAACGGUUACACACAUGCACUCAAGCGCUAUAGUGAUCUCUUCAUGGAUGGGCUGGAUCAGAACCCGUCGCCCACAUUCACUCUGAACAAAUCUAGACUCAACUGGACUGGAUCUGCUGUGUUCCCCGCUUAAUGUGAGCUAAAUCUAUAGAUCUGUCGAGUCUGGGUUUGGAGCACAGGUUUCAGCAGAGGUUAGCCAAUGAGAGCCACGGUGUUUGUAACAGACACUCUUUAAUAAAAGUCAUCUAUACUCUCAUUGUUAGCUUCACCGUGAGUGUGAGAAGAUUGUGCGGCUGUAGUUUUAUCAGCAUGGGUUGUGUGUGGAUGUCUUUGGGCAGCUGGGUCAUCUCAAAAACUCUCAGCUUCCACACUGCACCUCGGUUUUGCUGCCGAUUGAGACCAUUCAUAUUGUAAAAUUCCCCUCUAUUCCCGAAACACACUUAUACUGUGUGUCUGAGGAAUUAGAGUGCUAAUUUAAGAUCAGCGCCCCAUUUUCAUCAAAUGUCUUUGGAAAUGGAAACAUUUGUACUAGAUCAGCACUAAUGACAACCUUGGGUGUGUAAAUGAAGGUCAAAGACUGACAGGUUUCACUUAGGACUUAAAAACUUUAGAGGUAUAUUUCUACCGAGCAAUGCACUAAGGGAUAUUUUCUUUUUUUUUUGAACACAGGAAGUGUGCAUUUAUGUAAUUUAGUUAUAGAUUUAGAUGAGAGUAUCUUUCCUGUAGAUAAAUCUAAAAUGGCUUUUCUAAUACCAUGCCAAAGACUAACACCUAAAUACUCUUAUUUUCAGGACUCUAGCUGAGGUCAGACAG